AUGGCUAUGAGGGCGGCCCGUCUUCGUUGGACUGUCCCUCCAGCUGCUCUGGCCGCAUACACUGCGGGAGAGUGGACUCAAUCCAGCAGACGCCUCCAGCAGCCUGAGCAAAAAGCCUAUUUUGCUACUUCCUCUGGCCUCUACGCAACUGAUCCGGACUCGAAACGUUCCUCCUCCUCAGACCUGCCAGAUAGCAAGGAAGACGGUGAUCAUGGAUCCGUGUGGACCAAUAUUGUCAACAAGCUCGAUGGGGUCACCCACACCGUUCGUUCGGGGGAAUGGGUGGACUUGGGGGGCAACAUCACGCACUACAUUCCGGAUUGGGCGCGAUUGCUGCCGGCGAAAGCCCAAAAACUGCAGCGGGAGCUCUCCUUAGCUCCCGGGUCGCUAGCAGACUCCAUUUGGGCGGAUGCCAAAGAUCCCGAUCUAAACCCUGAAAUCUUGAGGGACGCCAAAGUGCGGGUGAGCAAAGACCUCUGUGCAGAGGAGCAGGCUUUCAGACGCAACCGCCAGAAAUAUGCUGUCAAGGCAUUGGCAUCGUACCUCAAUAUUCGCGAGCAGGACAUCCAUCCCGAUGAUGUGCCGGUCAUUGCGAUGGGGCUGCGCGCCCUCGUUGCGGGAACUGGAUCCUACCUAGCAGCACAGGAAGCUGGGCUUUGGGAUUGUGUGACCUAUACCGCGGGGGUAUCUGGCAGCUGCUGGCUGCAAACACUGUACCAUUCAUCUAUUGCGGGCCAGAACUUCAAUAGGCUCGUCGACCAUCUGAAGAAUCGACUGGGCGUACAUAUUGCGUUCCCUCCCAAGGCAUUGAAUCUGCUCACUACCGCCCCGACUAACAAGUAUCUCCUGAGCGGAUUGGUGGAGAAGCUCAAGGGGGAUCCCGGCGCAGAUUUUGGAUUGGUGGAUAUCUACGGAUUACUCAUUGCAGCAAGACUGCUGGUGCCGCGUGGAGAGCUUGGAGUGUCGGAUUCGGAUAUGAAGUUGUCGAACCAGAAGGCAAAUCUCCUGACUGGCGCGCAUCCUCUCCCGAUCUACACGGCUGUUCGACAUGAGAUUCCCAUGCUUGAUGAACAGAACGAUCCCAAAGCCGACAAGCAUAAUACGCCAGAGGAGCUCAUGAGAGAAUCUAGGAGCGAGGCAUGGUUCCAAUGGUUCGAGUUCACCCCGUACGAAUUCUUCUGCGAAGAACUCAAUGCCGGGAUUCCGACUUGGGCUCUCGGGCGCCAAUUCAAUGCCGGCCACAAUCAGCUUCCUCCUGGCGAUUAUCCGAUCCCCGAGCUCAGGCUUCCCGGGCUGAUGGGGAUUUGGGGCAGCGCCUUUUGCGCCACCCUGUCGCACUACUAUAAAGAGAUUCGACCACUACUCAAGAGCCUUGCUGGAUUUGGUGGAAUCGACUCGCUCAUCCAGGGCAAGAACCGGGACCUGAUUCGCGUGCAUCCCAUCGAUCCCGCCGCCAUCCCCAACUACGUGAUGGGCAUGAAAGACCAGCUCCCGGCCUCAGCUCCCGAGUCUAUCUUUCACAGCGAGUACCUGCGGCUUAUGGAUGCAGGCAUGAGCAACAAUCUUCCCAUCUAUCCGCUCAUCCGUCCUGGACGUGAUGUUGAUAUCAUCGUAGCGUUCGAUGCGUCUGCCGACAUCAAGCAAGAGAAUUGGUUGUCUGUCGUAGACGGCUAUGCUCGUCAACGGGGAAUUAAGGGCUGGCCCCUGGGAGCCGGAUGGCCCAAAGAAGGUGAAAGCAUCGAAGCCCUCCGCGAAAAAGUGGACCAAAAAAUGAAAAGCACGAAACCCUUUUCGUCUACGGACGGUGACCUGGACUACUGCAACAUCUGGGUCGGUACAAUGGAAGAGCGCAUCUCCGAUGAUGAACCACCACCCUCAAAACGCCUAUUCCAUCCCCAGAGCACCGACCAUUCGGACUCAGACUUCCACCUCACGCGUCCUGACGCAGGCAUCGCCGUCGUCUACUUCCCUCUCAUCCCCAAUCCAUCCGCCCCAGAUCUCCCGCCUACAUCCCAGCCCAGCCGUCCUCGUCCCGCAGUCGAGUCUCUGCAGCACCAAGACAGCUCCCAGACGAAGGAUCCAGAACAGCCUUUAGCCCCGCACCCGGCCUCGAUCGACCCGGACGUGGAUGAUUUCUUGUCUACCUGGAAUUUCAUCUACACGCCCGAACAGAUCGACUCCGUGGUUGGUCUGGCGAAGGCGAAUUUCGCACAGGGCGAGGAGCAGGUCCGUCGCGUUGUGAAAGCUGUGUAUGAGCGGAAGAAGUCUGAUCGGUUGAAGAGGGAGGCGCAGGACCAAGAGAGUGAACAUCGGAAGCGGAUGGAGGGGUUUGUGCCGCUGUGA